GUUUUGUUAAUAAAACACAUUAAAAGAGGACGUUUUUCACUGAUGGUUUAUGAUAUCUACGUAAUUUAAGAACCUAUUUGCACUUUGACGCCGCGGUAUUGACGACGUAUAUUUUGUGCUGAAACGUAAACAGUCGCGUUCAGAAAUCGCCUGCGGAAAGAGAGUAUUUUUAAUCGUUUUUUAAGUUUUUCGUUCGCGAAACGACUUCGUUCUCGGUUGGGAAAGUGACCCCAAGAAGAUAAACGUUUCUGCAAUCCCGAGGGAAUUUCCCUUUUUGCUGGAUUCGCCGUGCACGUAGGAAUAUAGUGUCAACAACACAGCUAGUUGGGCACGACGAGGAGUAAAAGGAGGAGGAGGGUCAAAUUCCUGAAUUCACUUCGACCCACCGCGGGCGAUAACAACUUGUGGUAUCAGAGAUACAGGGGCCAAGGAGCCAAGGAGCCAACUGUUUCAUCUUUCCCCCCUCGAGAGAAGCUGCAGAUCGGAUUGUGUGCACGGGGAAAGGCGCACCGUAGGCCUAGAUUUGAGGGGGAGUCGCGUACCUGGAAAAGUCACCUUUUUCCUGACAACCAAGCACCCAUCGCUUAAUUGUUGCCCAACUUGAGCCAAUCUUGCACCAGAGAUCGGUUGAGGACGGGUGGUCACGCGGGGGUGCACUAGUACCGCACACACACACACACAUACACACGCGGUUGUCGUCAACGAUUGCCAGCCAGGGAAGGAAGGUCACAAUCAGGAGUAGCAGGAGCAGCGGAUUUCGGAGCAACAACGGGUACAGCGCUCGCGGUACAGCGGUUCUAUGGGUAAUAUCGGUCUGCGUAAUCGCGUCCUGGAAAGCAUGAGUGACCUGGAGAAUGGCGAAAUCAUGGACAUGGACAUGGACGUCGAUGACGCGGUCGACCGCCUGGCACAGCUGAACGAGCGGAGACUCAACGAGUCGGAUUUGCUGCCCGAGGAGGAAGACGAGCUGUUCAACGAGAGCGAGUUUGCGUCCAUUCUGCGCCAGCUGAUCCGCAGUUAUGGGAUUUUGCUCCGUUACAGUGGUGACAUUAUGGUGCUGAACUACGACAACACAUACCAGAACCGGAUGCCGGUGAUCAAGAAAAAACCAACACUCAACAAGCUCAAGAAAAACGAUAUCUAUGCCGUCACGAAGCUGGCGUCGGGAGAGGGCACCAGCCCGGCGAUGCCCUGCUCAAUGGUCAGCAUGAUCAGCAACCGGCAGAGCGGGAUCGGCCCGCAGGACGGACCAUUCUCGCGGAGUGCCGUAUGCCGGAUCAACAAUCGCUUCCGGCCAAACACGUUCGUCGACCGGGUGCACAAGUGCGACCAGAAGGUGUUUUGUGGGAAGUUCACCGGCGAUGGCAACCAGUUCAUUACCGCCAGCCAGGAUUCGCUCAUCCGGGUGUUUGACUCGUCCAACUGUCACUAUCGGCAAGUGCGCACGAUGGAAGCGAAGCACGUUUCCUGGGCGAUACUGGACGUGGACUUUAGCCCCGAUGGCAAAUCCUUCGUCUACACGACUUGGGCCGAUGCGCUUUUCAUCGCCAGUCUGGACGACCUAUCGACAGAUUGCAUACAAACCAUGCAGCUCAACUCGGAUAGCCCCAAGCUGGGCGUGUUCAGCGUUUGCUAUUCCAGCUGCGGCAAACAUUUGCUGUGUGGUGCAAACUAUGGAAUAUUCACCUACGACCUGCCUACCGGUACACGGACCAUGGCACCGGAUACACACGGCCGGACGGACGUGAAUGCCGUCGGUUUCGUGGAUGAGUCAUCAAACAUCUUUUUCAGUGGCAGCGAUCAUGGAGUCAUCAAGCUUUGGGAUCGCCGGUGUAUGGACGAUGCCAAUUUAGAAGGCGUCGGUAAACUGAUUGGCCACUGUGACGGUAUCACCUAUAUCGAUUCGCGCAACGAUGGACGGUACAUCAUCUCGAACUCAAAGGACCAGAGUAUCAAGCUGUGGGAUCUGCGUCAGAUGUCGACCGGCGGUAGCAGCCAUGAACGGCAUUACCGUGACUGGGACUACCGUUGGGACGAUGUACCGAAGCGAUUUUUCACAUCGCCCAGAACAUUGCCCGGUGAUACGAGCAUUAUGACCUACCGCGGCCACAAGGUUCAGAAGAGCUUAAUCAGGGCCAAGUUUUCCCCAGCAGCGACGACCGGGCAGCGAUACAUCUAUACCGGCUGUGGAACGGGACGACUCAUCAUUUACGACGUACUGACUGGCACAAUCGUGGAAGCAAUCGAAGGCCACCGGGAUAUUGUACGGGACGUAGCCUGGCAUCCGCACCGGUCGGAGAUUUUAACAUGCUCGUGGGAUGCAUCCAUUCAUCGCCAUGCGUACCGAGGUGUGACGGAGCGGGAUGAGGAACCGGAGAAGAAGACGCCACGGGGGCGAACACGCAGACUGGCCGAUGACUCGGAUGAUGAUGAUUCGGAAGAUGAUGAGCGGAAAACGGCGGUACAGCAGCCGACGAGACGCUCACGGCGCAUAGCAGAGCGAACCGGUGGAGGCCACUUUCUGCGCAGUACGCUAGCCUCCUCAUCGUCCGCCGGGUCCAGUAGGAGAUCGUCCAGGAAUUAAGUUGUAACGCUGGCCCCCCUUUCAAUACAUAAACUACCCGGAAGCGGGGGAACUCGUUUACGGAGGCGGCCCGCCCGCCACCUUCACGUUAAUAAGUGCCGAUUGUGAUGCCGAGCAAUGCCGUAAUAAUUAGAGGGUUAAAAGAAGCAAAAAAAGGGACGACGGAGCAUUGGAGGAUUGGAAUAAUUUAUUAUAGUCAUCCAGGGGAGAAACAAGGAACCCAAUCCCCCACCACAACACACAAACACCACACACAUACAUACACAUACACAUCCAGCCAGCCAGCAGGCAAACACCGGCCCGCCAGUGAUAACACGGAUAAAUCAUCGCAAACCCCAAACUGGGACUAGCGAAUUCCUGCUCGAUGUUGCCGAGCAGGAAAUGUGGUUUGUAGUAGUGUAGUAUCGUAAGUGGUGCAGAAAAUGAUAGGCAAACCCCCUCACCCACCCCCCUCCCCCUCGACACACACAAAACACAACACACUCUCGAGUAAGGCGACAUUUUGGGCGGGCGGUGGAUCAUUUAGCUUUGCGUUUUGCCGAGGCAGACUGAAUUCCUUUUUUUCCUUUUCCUCCCCCCCCCCCCCCCCCCCCCGUUAUUCGAACACUUUGAUUUUGAUUUUUUACGAUAUACUAACCAAAUGUAUUGCGUUUAUGAAUAAAAAACAAAAAACAAUUAAAUAAAAGAAGGAGGAAAGCCAAGUAAAGGUACAUCAUA